AUGGACUUUUUCGCUGUCGCCUGUGACAACUUUGGCCUGAUCAACAACACGGUGACGACGGUGGUUAUGCACCAGCCGCCACCCAACGUUGCCCACAGUACAUCCCAAAUCAGCGUGAACGCCCCCCAACUGCAUGCCGUGGACACCACCUAUCUAGGCAGCACCAUCAUCGACGAUGAAGUGGGCCACCGGAUUUCCAAAGCCAGUCAAGCCUUCGGCGGCCCGCAAAACACCGCCUGGAAUCGUCGUGGUCUCCAUCUCAUCACCAAACUGAAGAUUACAAAGCAACCAUCUACCGACGCUGCUGUAUGGAACGGAGACCUGGACAGUGUACAAGAAGCAGGCGCGGAGACUCAAGCACUCCCACCUCAGCUGUCGUCGACGGAUAAUAAAGCUGAGGUGGCAGGACUGGGGUCCCGGACACGAACAUACGAGACAAUAAUCCUCAGUAUCUACGCCAUGCUGAGACAAUUGCAAGUGCGCUGGAACGGCUACCUUGUGGGAAUGAACGACGGGUGGCUACCCAAACGACUCUUCUAUGAAGAUGUCAGCACGGGAUCCCGCCGCAAAGAGGCCAAGUCCGGCGCUACAAGGACACUCUGA